UUGUUAACUUGACAUACACGCCACGGUCUCAUGAUGAUGUGCGAGGUGAUGCCCACCAUUUCUGAGGAUGGGCGAAGUGGGACUGGCGGGGGCUCUUCCUCACCUGCCGGGGCAGGAGUCGGAGGCCCCGGAGGUGCUAUGGGAGGAGGAGGCUUCAGCGGGAGGGAGCCCAGAGGCGGAGGAGAUGAAGGAGGCAGUACGGGGAACCUGGAGUCCCUAAUGGUCAACAUGCUGACAGAGCGGGAGAGGCUGCUGGAGAACCUGAGGGAGACACAAGAGAGCUUGGGCACAGCUCAGCUCCGCCUCCGCGAGCUCGGCCAUGAAAAGGAGUCACUUCAGAGGCAGCUAUCUAUUGCUCUGCCACAGGAGUUUGCUGUGUUGACUAAAGAGCUGAACGUUUGCCGGGAGCAGCUUCUGGAGAGGGAGGAGGAGAUUGCUGAGCUCAAGGCGGAGAGAAACAACACACGUUUGUUGCUGGAACACCUGGAGUGUCUGGUGUCUCGCCAUGAGCGCAGUCUGAGGAUGACAGUGGUGAAAAGACAAGCCCAGUCCCCUGCAGGGGUCUCCAGUGAGGUGGAAGUCCUCAAGGCCCUCAAGUCUCUGUUUGAGCACCACAAGGCCCUAGAUGAGAAGGUGCGAGAGAGGCUUCGUGUGGCCCUUGAGAGAGUGUCAAUGUUAGAGGAUCAACUUGCAGCGUCUUCUCAAGAGGUAAUCUCUUUAAGAGACCAAAUUAAAAGACGUCAACAAGGGGUGGACGGCGGGAAAGAUCGACUUCCCAACGGCCCUUCCUCUGGCCUGGAGGACGGCGAGCUGGAAAGACAGAGAGAAGGAGAGAUAGAACGACAGAGAGCUGAACUCUCCCAGCUGAGGGAGAGGCUGGCACUCAUGUGCCGGCAGGUUGGGGAAAUAGAGGAACAGCUUGCGGCCGCCAGGAGGGAGGUGACGAAGUCGGAGGAGGCCAAUCAGAAGCUCCAAAGGGAAGUGAAAGAGGCUCUUUGCCAAAGGGAGGACAUGGAGGAAAGGAUUACAACACUAGAACGCAGGUACCUCAGCGCCCAGAGGGAGGCGACUUCUCUCCAUGAUAUCAAAGACAAGCUGGAAAAUGAGCUGGCCAGCAAGGAGUCCCUGCACAGACAGAGUGAAGAGAAGAACAGACAGCUACAGGAGCGUCUGGAUGAAGCUAAGCAGAAGCUCCAGCAGACCCUACAGAGGGCAGAAACGUUGCCGGAGAUCGAGGCCCAGCUCGCCCAAAGAGUUGCUGCUCUCAACAAGGCAGAGGAGCGCCACGGGAACUUUGAGGAGCGACUACGGCAAAUGGAAGCCCAGCUCGAGGAGAAGAACCAAGAACUACAGAGGGCGAGGCAGAGGGAGAAGAUGAAUGACGAACACAACAAACGUCUCUCAGAUACAGUGGACAAGCUUCUGUCGGAGUCCAAUGAGAGACUGCAGCUCCACCUCAAAGAGAGGAUGGCAGCACUAGAGGAAAAGAAUGCUCUAUCAGAGGAACUGUCCAAUAUGAAGAAAAUCCAAGAUGAUCUUCUAGCUAAUAAGGAGCAGCUGCUUGCUGAGCUGGAGAGAGUCCAACUGGAGCUGGAUCAGCUGAGAGGCAGGCCUGGCUCUUCGUAUUCCAGGGCGGGCAGCGUGAGCUCACUUCCCUCCACCCUUUUUCGAAGAUCUCUUCCAGGGAGCGCCUCAGAGCUGCGGUACCCUCAGGGUGGAGGCUCGCUCCCGGCUGGUUAUGGCAGCUCCUCUAGUGGGGUGGUGGUCAGGCGGGCGCACCGCGGCCGGUGGGGGCCUCCUAGAGACGACAGUAACAAGUAUGGAGAGUGGGACAGCGGCACUAUGCUGGGUCCUGGUUUUGAGGGCGGUGUGGAGGGAGGCUGCUCUGAUGACGAGGAGGACAGGGAGACGCUGUUCGGAUCGGAGCUUCUCUCUCCCAGCGGACAGACAGAUGUACAGACUUUGGCGAUCAUGCUGCAGGAGCAACUAGAGGCCAUAAACAAGGAGAUCAAACUGAUUCAGGAGGAGAAGGAGAGCACAGAGCUGAGGGCAGAGGAGAUUGAGAGCCGGGUCAGCAGCGUGGCCCUCGAUGCCCCACCUCUUCCACCCUCCUCACUGGGAGGACGGGACAGUGUCGGGAGGGGCUACAUGACCCCCUCCAUCACCUCCUCCACGUUAGCGUCUCCCUCACCACCCAGUUCUGGACAUUCCACCCCCCGCCUGCCACAUUCCCCUGCCAGGGAGACUGAUAGACAGAAUAGCAAAGAGGGUGAAGAAUGCAGAGCACUUGCCCUGAUUGACUCCACCCCUCCACCUGUUCCUCGAGCCCUACGAUUAGACCGAAUGACACACACUCACCCAGGGGCAGGCCUUGAUGACCACCGUGAAUUUCGCAGUCUCUCUGCUGAUGGCGCCACCACUGCUAGCCAGGAUUCCCUCCACAAAGCCAGCAAAAAGAAGAGCAUUAAGUCGUCAAUUGGUCGUCUCUUUGGCAAAAAGGAAAAGGGGAGGAUGGGUGCACCUGGGCGCGAAUCUGCCUCACUGGCCUCCACACCCUCUGACGACCUGGGUUCCGCUGACCCCCUAGGUCUGGCUAAACUCGGGACUGGAACGGUUGAAAAAGACCGACGCAGCAAAAAGAAGCACGACCUGUUAGAGGAGGCCUGUCGUCAGGGUCUGCCUUUCGCCUCAUGGGACGGCCCGACUGUUGUUACAUGGCUUGAGCUGUGGGUUGGGAUGCCGGCAUGGUAUGUGGCAGCGUGUCGUGCCAACGUGAAAAGCGGCGCCAUUAUGGCCAACCUCUCGGACACAGAGAUCCAGAGGGAGAUUGGCAUCAGCAACCCUCUACACAGGCUCAAACUCCGCCUGGCCAUCCAGGAAAUGGUCUCCCUCACUAGUCCGUCUGCACCUGCAAGCACACGCUCUUCGACCAGUAAUAUUUGGAUGACACAUGCUGAGAUGGAGUCUCUCACUGCUGCCACCAAGCCAGAGCAGAAGGAGUUCAGCUGGGACCAGAUCCUGGCCUAUGGAGACAUGAACCACGAGUGGGUGGGAAAUGAAUGGCUGCCCAGCCUGGGUCUACCCCAGUACCGCUCCUACUUCAUGGAGUCACUGGUGGAUGCCCGCAUGCUCGACCAUCUCACCAAGAAAGAACUGAGGGGUCAGCUGAAAAUGGUGGACAGUUUCCACAGGGUGAGUCUUCACUAUGGUAUCAUGUGCUUGAAGCGCUUGAACUACGACAGGAAGGAGCUGGAGAGGAGGAGGGAUGAGAGUCAGCAUCAAAAUCAAGAUGUGAUGGUGUGGUCCAAUGAGCGAGUGAUGUGUUGGGUGCAGUCGAUCGGUCUGAAAGAGUUUGCUGACAACCUAUUAGAAAGCGGUGUGCACGGGGCCCUCCUGGCACUAGAUGACACCUUUGACUACACUGACUUGGCCCUCCUCCUCCAGAUACCCAAUCAGAACACACAGGCGAGGCAACUCCUAGAGAAGGAGUACAAUGCUCUCAUCUCCAUGGGAACAGAGAGGAGGCCAGAUGAGGACGGCACGAAAACAUUCACGCGGUCGCCAUCGUGGAGAAAGAUGUUCAGAGAGAAGGACCUCCGCGGCGUGACCUCCGACUCCUCAGAAACAUUACCUGCCAACUUCCGUGCCUCCGCCAUCUCGACCCCCUCUGUCACCCUGAGAAAAGUCCAGAGUGAAGUAAAUUCUGGACCAAGAGGAGAGUCGGGGUCCGUGAGAACAUAUUCCUGCUAA